CCAGAAUCCAUUUCUAGAUCUACCAAUCUUGUGAUCCAGACAUGACCUUGGAGUGCGUCACUGUCCUAAUUACGCUGCUUGCUUGUAUCUUACUCGCGCCAAAUUGUAAUUACGUUCCGCAGCAGGGACUCAAUUUGGUACUGAGAAAUGGAGAAUGCAAUCCCAGAGUUCGCUCGGCGUUUGUACAAAGAGUGGCGCGAUUUUACCGCUGAUCCGAUUGAUGGUAUUCGAAUAACACUCAAUGAGCGAGAUAUGACCCAAGUUGAAGCUCUACUAGAUGGUCCUGUAGGGACUCCUUAUGAGGGCGGAAAAUUCCGUCUCAGGAUGAUAAUUCCAUUACAGUAUCCCAUAGAGCCCCCAAAGGCGUACUUUUGCACGAAAAUAUUUCAUCCAAAUAUUGCCCCGACUACCGGUGAAGUUUGCGUCAAUACUCUGAAAAAAGAUUGGAAGUCUAACUUGGGUCUUCGACACAUACUUCUAACAAUAAGGUGCUUGAUGAUAGAACCUAAUCCAGAAUCAGCUCUGAAUGAGGAAGCUGGUAAACUGUUAUUAGAAGAUUACAGUGAAUUCGUAUCUGAAGCUCGGCUCCUCACUGAAGUUCAUGCCUUUUGGCACGUUAGAGAGCAGUCCAAAAGCAGUAAUCCGAAAAACGGGUUGGAAGAGGUAAAAUGUACGGAUAAUGUGUAAGUUUACCUCACCAUGCAUGCACUUAUUACUGUAUUCAAAACUGAGGUUCAGGAAAAUGGGCAGUUUAGAUAUUAAAUGCCUCAUAACGUUCGUUUUAAAAUUUAGCACCUAGCAGGACAAUAUCGUCUGCAUACUCCGAGUCAACCGGAUGACUUACAGGAAGUUAUGUCCUUUAGUACAUCAGUGAUGAAGUUGAAUUGGGACGGUAAAAGUGGGUAUCCCCGGAUGACACCACUAGUUGUCGUCAAUUCAUAUGAAAGCUAUCCAUAAGCCUUGACGUGGCUGGAUGAGUUCGAGUAUAAAUCUCUGAUUAGCGUUAUACACUUGCUUGGUACCCUCUUCACAGUCAGACUGCCACAACACUUCAUAGUCGAUAGAGUCGAAUGCUGCCUUCAAACCAAGUGGGUGCCACAGUAAAGUAUAACUAUGUUCCAAAACCUGUUGAGUGAUGGAGAUCUGAUUGAUGCACCCUGUUCAAGAAGUGAGACAUGUCUGGUUUUCUUCAGUUCACUGUUCUCAAGCUCCAGUUAGGUUUCGGUUAACUAUGGACCCUAGGAUCAUUGACCACAAUGUCAAGAUUUCUCGCUCUUAUAGACUAGGAUAAUUGAAGAAGUAAAUAAGUCUGACGGCUCUACCUCUGAUUCCCAUACACUGUCGAGUACCUCUGUCACUUCAACCAGCAUUUUUCUACCUCCAUCCUUGAAAACUCACAACCGUCAUAUCCUUGUACUUUGCACCGUUUCUGGUACGAAAUGGCCUUCCUAAUUUUGAGGAGAUUUGGAGAACCAAUAGUUGUGUGCCACUCAGGUUUGGGCUGGAUGCUUAACAACUUAAGCGUUACCGUGGGCCAGUUGAAUUUUGCUUCACAGUGUUGUGCCCAACGUUUUAGCCACCUGUCCUGGGAGGUUAUCAGGGUACCAUCCUUUUCGGCGAUGGCCUCAUUAACCAUCAUCCUCUUCGCGGUAUCCUUAGCAACCGUCAGUAGUUGCCGAGUAUUACCCAACUUCAUCUCUGUCUCUAUCGCCACUUAUGACUACUCAUGGUCACUGCGAAGACUUGGUCAGUUUACGCUUAAGUUACUUUCUGUCUUCAUUGUAAUCAGAGCUGACUAGAAUGCGUCUUUCUGCAUCAGUCGGUUCGGAUGACGUUGCGAAAGUUUAGCAACCUACCUACUGAUGGACUACCUCGACAUGUCAUGCUAAAAGCUGGAUUAAGUUGGAAGAGAGUUCAGCGUGGCCAGACCAAAACUUGUCAGUCUGUGACUAUUGGUCUGAGCCGUGUUCGGAGAUGUAGACUACUUGGCUGGGGUUGACAAGACGAUAGGAAUUAAUGUUUGAACACUGUAGGCGACAUGGUUGAAAAUCGGUUGCAGUGGCGCAGAUGUGUUCACUUUUUGACGUCUUCUAAAGCUUGAAUAGUUGGGCUAACUUUGAUGUUCAAAUUACUUAUUGUCUCAAACAACUUUGUGUAUCUUGAUAUCACUCUUAUUCGAACCACUUGUUCUUUGUAUAAUACUGUGAAGUGUGGCAACUUGAACUGAUGCACUUGAGUGCAAGGUUCAAUGUUGAUUCUGUUCGUCUAUCUUUAUCGCUACUUGUACGGCUGACCUAAUAUCAUGCCAGGUUUCCUCAGAAUGAGCAUUGUUGUGUCUUUCAAAUAAAUCCUUAGCUGACUCCUCCCUAAAUACGUACUUCACGUUCUCAUCUUGCAGUCAACAACAUACAGGCUUAACUAUCUCCUGUGACCGGUCAGGCGCAAUUAUAUACGAGCCUGUACUGGCACGUGAUUGAAGUUGAGACUGAUACUCCAGAAAAAGGGGCAAUCCUUUCCAACGAUGGCUGAUAGCAAUAUGAUCUAUUUGUGUCUAUUAUUGGUUCGAUGUUGGUGGACGCCAUGUGAGACAGUGUCUCUCCUUAUGUUUAAAGUUGUUGCCGGCCAAAAACAAGUGACUACGGGAUAAAAUUGCAACAGACGAUCACCGUUGUUGGUUCUUUGGCAUGAGAUUCCUUAAGUGUCUCUAUGAUGCCUUUCUGACUGUCUGAGCUUCCAUACGUUGACGUUAUGACAUUUGAACGUGGCAAGCCAUAAGAACCUUCACAAUAACAUGAUAUUCUCUUCAUGUCGUCACUGAUGGUGAUUGUCUUCCUGGUAUACUCGUUGACUUUCGUCAGACAGUUUUCUCUGUCCAUAAGUGUGUGAUACGCGGUGGGAAAAAGUGGGCUAGCAGUACAUGAGUUCAAGAUAUUUUUCGCCUUAUCUGGAAAUCAUUCAAAGUUUUUGUUAUCCACUUGAAAUUAUUUACAAAAAUAAAUGCAGUUAUAUGGUUAGUUGUCUGAUAACUCCUAUACUUUUUCAUUGGUAUCAUAUAAGUGAUGUUAAACAUUACUAAAGAACAAUUAGCUACAGAUCUCAGUUGUUUUUUGUAUAGAUUUAUUUUAGGAUAUUCCUACUUUUAAUUCACUCCGCCAAUCCAGGUAAUGGAUUUAUGAAGUUGUAUAUCUAAUAAAACUACAUCAAAUGUAGAAGAGAUGCCAAUUUUUUUAUUCAGAACUUUCCUAUCACCACUGUAGUGAGGAGAAAAAAAAGAGGACAGAAAUAUGUUACCAGCUAGAGGGGGUUGGUUCUGCUUAGUGUGUCUCCAUUUCCUAAUUUUCUGUUCAGUCAUUAAAUAUCACUUCUGAGUAUUGGAAUACAUGUAGUAAAUUUACCAUUGACUGUUUCUUAAAAUCAAUUUUCUGGAUACCCUAAGUAAAUUUUAAUUAGUAGAAAGCUGAUAUUUCCAUUUUAAAUCGUACUAGCUUCAAAAUCUAUUUUGCAACUGAAACACGUAGGCAAGUUAUUGACGCUAUCUUCAUCCGCUUCCACAUACUUUUCGUUUCUCCAUAGUUACCGUGUUUUGUGUAUCUUAUUGUUUCAGGUCUUCUAAUUCAACUGACCGCACACAUCCAAAGGUUGCUCAACGUAACGCCUCAUCAUUUCGGAAAGCGCUCAAACGGCUGUAGCAUAUAAGCAACAUUGCGAUAUUACCUAUGUUACUUAAAUGGAUUGUACUAUGGGGACUCAAUGCUAUGCAUUUAUGUAAAUUACUACGAAUUUAGUGAAUAUUGUAAUUCAUCU